AUGAAAUUCAAUAUAUUUGAUGGAAUAAUUGAUUUUAUCAACGAAAACAACAAACAAUCGCUUGAUUCUACAGAAGAAAUCAAAAGACUUCAAACAGAAAUAAAAGCAUUACAAAACCAAAUACAAAAUGCUUCUAAAGAAACUACAACAACUCGAAUUAAUGAAUCACAUAACUUUUCUAAAGAAUUUUUAGACAAAAUCUCAUCACUUAAGGAAACAAAAGAUUUUGCGAGUGUUUACAAAUUCUUUGAAGAGCUUUCAUCUGAAGGCAAUCGCGAAAUGAUUUCAAAGGCUUGUGAAGAAGGACUUUGGAAGAAGACAACAGACUACGAAAAUAAUGUACUUCAUGUUGCAAGUAUGGAAGAAAAUCUUAAUCUUGUCAAAUUACUUAUUGAAUGUGGCUGUGAUAAAGAAGCAAAGGAUGUGUUUGGAUAUACUCCACUCAUUUGGGCAUCAUCUUUUGGUCAUCUUGAAGUUGUUAAAUAUCUUAUCUCUAUUGGAGCUGAUAAAGAAGCAAAGGAUGUGUUUGGAUAUACUCCACUCAUUUGGGCAUCAUCUUUUGGUCAUCUUGAAGUUGUUAAAUAUCUUAUCUCUAUUGGAGCUGACAAAGAUGCAAAGUCUAAUGAUGGAAAAACUGCACUCUCCUAUGCUAAAUCUAAUGUAAGAGAUUUUCUAAUAUCUAUUGGAGCCAAGUAA